GCUCACGCAGGCAGCUGAGCCUCUCCACCACCCAUGGCUUCUCGAGCCCUCGCCGCUCUGUCCAUCCAGCCGCGUCUCGGCGCAAGCUCGGCGCCGUAUUCGGGCCGACCUAUACGUGCCACGGUCAGGCCGGUCGGGCGCGGCCGCCGGCGCCGGUCCAUGGUGGUGCGGGCCGGCGGGCCACCGAGCACCAACGUGCUCAUCCUCGCCUUCCUGCUGCCGGCCUCCCUCUUCAUUGGCACCCUCGUGGUCGCCGCUCGCGUCGCCGACGACCUCGACGAGCGGUUCCUGCGGGAGAUGGAGAUGAAUGAGGCGAUAUUGGAAGAGAACGAGGCUUCUGAGGAAGCUGAAGACGAUGGAAGGGUGUACGCCGUUGAUGGAGAGGACGUCGUGCAACCAGCGGUGGAGAAGGAGCAAGUUCUUGUUCCUGCCGCUGCAACGCGCACCAGGAACAGGCCGAAGAGGGAGGUAUAUUAGCUAGAGGUACAUGUGUUCAGAAAUGUUUCCAAAAUGCUACAGCUUCAGUUUGAUCGACAAAGUAUGCGAGUUUGCAAUGGAAUAUAUGGCCAAUGCUGCUGAA